AUGUGCCUCGACAUGACCUGUGGUUCUCCAAGUCUCGCGAGCCCAAUACCGCCCAGUAGUCCAACUGCACUGCCGCUCUGGUCGCCACUCCUCGCCCUUCAGGCCUGUCGCCUCCGUAGGUACCUUAGCGAUGAUUGUAUGGCUUAUCAAACACGUCAUUUACUACAUUCAGAACGUCGUCGGUGUGGAGUCUGCCUUGCUUCCUUUCCAUCAACGUGGUUACUUGAACGUCACGCUGCACUACAACAUGCUUCGCAAUCCUCUUCUGAUGAUAAACCGUUCGUCUGCGAACAAUGCGGACAGAGCUAUCGCUAUAGAUCAGCAUACGUGAAACACAGGGAGCAAAACCACCGCGCCAGGUUGCCAGCUGACAAACUCUUUACCUGCGACGUUUGCGGAAUGCAGUUCAGAUAUCUCAAGUCGUUCAAAAAACAUCGUCUGAACCAUACCCUAGAGAGACUUCACACUAAAAACACUGACGUACCGGAAGGCAUCGAUCAAGUUUCGAGUACAAACGAAGUGUUGAUCGGUCAAUGUGGGGAAAUGGAUCUGUCUAUGAAGAAAAAGAAUAGAACCGAAGUGACUAGGACACCUCCCAUUGAAGUAAUCGGAGAUGCAGAACAAGAUAGCACUGUAGAUUCAAACGGUGCUACGGAUUCCAUUGUUACUGUCGACGACUCCAACGAUUGUAGGAACUCAAGUGCUGAAAGUGAGACUAAGAAGGAAGAUUCGACUUCAACUGGAAGAAGACGCGUCCCUGUGUCUUUUGCUAGCGUUAGCUCGAUGGCAGAUAGUUCAGAGAGCGAGUCUCGCGGAGACAGCAGCAAACUGGAAAGCUCUAGUUCACAUUCCGGUAUAUUGGGAUUCUUACAAAACGACGAUCGCCAGAGAGACAGAGAGAGAAAAUUCGCGUGCCCAUUCUGCGGCAAAUGCGUCCGUUCUAAGGAGAACCUGAAGCUGCACGUGAGGAAGCAUACCGGCGAACGUCCGUUCGUGUGUCUGUUCUGUGGCAGAGCGUUUGGAGGUAAGAGUGACCUGACUCGCCACUUGCGCAUCCACACGGGCGAGAGGCCUUACCAUUGCGAGGCGUGCGGCAAAUGCUUCGCCCGGGCCGACUAUCUCUCUAAACACCUCACGACCCAUGUUCACAAUGCACGUUGA